AAGACACAGAUUUGCAGAAUGAAUCGAAAAACUCGAUGCCGUCACUGAAAACAAGAGUUUAUUUUCUGCAUUUGAUGAGUUUUUUGUUCCAUAUUAACUUUGUGAUAUUUUGCAUUCUAUUGAAAAUAUCCAAGGCAUCUAACCUAAGCCACAGAUUUGAUGUUUCAAUCGAAAAACGCGUCGAUGUCACUUAACAUUGAGACGGGAACAAUCCGAGAAAUUGAAAACUAUACUAUCUUUGCUCGGGAACAGUAGACCAAAUAGACCUAUGGUCACAAAACCAUUACCAAACACGAAACUCUAUCAGAUUGAGGAAUUCUAAAUUUGAUUUUGCAGGCAUAGUAGAUGUACGGACCAUUGCAAUUGAAGAAACGUUUAACGCGACAUUUCAAUUCGAAACUAUCAACGAAAUUGAUAAAAAUAGCAAACAUGGCAUGGAAACAUCUGACUCAGAUUCGCAUGUAACAGUUUAGAAUACAACAUUUGAAAUUUUUAAUUUGAGUUACAUUGGACCUUUUGCUUUUCUUCUACUAAAACCACAUUCUUAGAAAGGCAGUGAAGCAGAGUUAUCGAUAACGUAUCUAGGGGAAGCCGGGAGGGUAAUAUUUCCUUUUCUGGUUUGAUGUAUUAAGAACUGUUAGGAAGAGGCUUGAUCCGAUGUGGUGAGUCUUGAGAUUGACCUGAAGCCAAAAUAAAAAAGCCAAAUAGCCAAAACAAAACAUAAAUAAUUACAUUGCACAUGCCCAAAACACUUGACUAAAGAAGACAGACGAAGAAAAAGAAAAUGGAAAAAGGGCCUUUAAUGAAGACAAAUGAUAGGGAUUUGUAUGACGAUUUCCAAAAGAGCAAACAGUUCAACGAUAAAGAUGUUGAAAUGCCUGUGGAUCACAAGCUAAGGAAAAGGUCAAUCCGUGUCAUCUACUUGAUUUCCCUUUUCGGUGGAAUAGCGUAUACAAUUACAAUGCCAUCACUCUGGCCCUAUAUGAAAAAGCUUGAUCAGUUUGUGAAACCAUGGUAUCUGGGAAUGGCCAAUGGCGGCUAUAGUCUCGGACAGCUGAUUGGUUUGGUUGUAUUUAGUGCAUUCCACCAAACUCAUGGAGCCCGCACGCCUCUUUUUGCAUGCUUUCUGCUCAAAUUUUCUGGAGAUUGUUUGCAUGUGUUUGCAGCAGCAUUUCCUGGAAGAAAUGGAGUAACCAUGCUUAUAGCGGCACGAUUUGUAACCGGUUUGUCAAAUGGUCAAGUGGUUGUUUGUCGCACUGUCUUGGCACAAUCAUCAACUCUGAAGGAAAGAAAGAUAAUCUUUGCUUCCCUUUUCACAAUUUACGCAUUAGGAUAUGGACUUGGGCCAGGGCUACAAGCUGUUCUGGCAUUCAUUCUCAAAAAAGAAUAUCGUCAUUCGUUUAUCAUCAUAGACGCCUUCAACGCUCCUGGCUGGCUUGGAAUGGUUUUUCAAAUUAUCAGUUUCAGCUCUGUAUUGAUUUUAUUUAAAGAGUACAACUUAACGAGCGACAACGAGACGAAAACAGAUGACUUGCCAAAACCAGAUACUUUUGCUCUGAUUUUGGUCGCAGUUUGCCAUUUUCUCAUCUACUUAGUGUUUGCAGCAGUUGAGACGCUGACAGCUCCUCUGAUGACAGAUGAACUAGCAAUGACAAAACGAGCAUCAGUUCUCAAUGCUGGCAUCCUGUUGUCCUCCCUUGGACCUAUUGCAAUUAUAUCACUUACCUUUGUCAAGUGUUCAUCUAAAAGAGUGAGUGAAAGGCAAGUGAUUUUGGUAGGAUGUACAAUUGCGUUGGUAGGCUUUGUCAUUUUUUUACCCUGGGGAAACACAUAUCCAACUCUUCAAACAGCAGAGUUUGUCAAAGUUGGAAAUCUGACUCAAUUUCGUUUGAAAGAAGGUUGCCCAGCAAAGUACCAGUGGUGCAAAAAUACACCUAAAAUACACCUUGGACAAUUAAUAAUUGCUGAAUUGAUGGCUUUGAUUGGCUACACAUUGCCAUAUUUAGUUACAAAUGGACUGUUUUCAAAAGUUGUUGGUCCAAGAAAGCAGGGUUUUUAUAUUGCUGCUCUGUCUGCCAAUUCGUGUCUAUCAGGGAUCACAUCACCAUUGUUAGUGGCGUAUAUUUACGAACAUUUGGGACCCAAAUAUGUUUUCAUUACGAUUGCUUCUAUUUUAUCACUUUUUAUUUUAGUCUUCACUUACUUCUAUAGCAGGAUAGUACCUUUUGAAGAAUACAUUAAGAAAAACUAGAGUAUGGAAAUCAAAGUUUUUGAAGUUUGUUAGAUUUUUUUGACUAACAAAAAUAAAGUUUUAAUGAAAUGUUGUG